GUCAAUAACGAACGAGACAUGCUAUGCAUCGUGUUAGUGCCAGGCUGAGGCGGUUGAAGAGUUUCGUUUUCCUCACCGGACCCGCUAUAAAUCUGGAAAUCUCUUAGAUCUUAUCCUGCUUAUCGCUUAUAUAAUACAUAAUGUACGCAAGCCGAGUGACGUCAUCAAGAGGACAAGGAACGUAUUGUGCGACGUCAAGUAAUUCCAUGGAGCUUUUAUUUUAUUUAGUCUACCGGCUUUUUAGAGUUGGACGAGUCAAGACAGAAAAAAAAAAAGGAAGAAUACUCCCAUAUGUCUAUCUUAGGGUAGUUAUACGUCAAUUGUACGUAGAAAAUAGAGCGCGAUGAACUAUGCGUUUAGAGCGUCUUCGCAGUUGACAGCCUCGAGCAUACGGCAGUUCGUUAGACGACCUCUUGCUAAUACACAUCUUACUUCGACGAUAAUUCCAAUACCGAGGACGAACCCGGUGCUAUCUUGGCAUUCUCGGCAAUUUAUAACUACACCGCACCCUGGGAAAGAGAACCUUAAUCACGAGACGCCAAGAGAAACAAACGAGAGAGACCAAGCCGCGCACGAACAAGAAGUUACCGCCGGAAUCGAAUAUGCCACGAAGCAGCAGAUCAAGCGUCCCUGGCAGAGGGAGGGCGCCGACCAACCUCCCGUUAGCGAGGCUAGGCGGACUAUGAACAAGGCCAUGACCAAGGGAAAACUCCUAACCACUCCAACCCGGCUCCUAAAACUAAUCCUCCCUCUCCCCGUCGACGCGACCCACGACGAGCACGGCAACAAAGGGGAAUUCCGAUCCCUCGCCCAGAACGAAGACAUCCAACCCUUAGCCCUCCUCGUCCACCCGCAACAACCCCUCUCCUACCUCGAGCGCCUGAUCCAAGCCGAGCUGCCCCCCGUCCACGACCGCGACGGCCGCGAGAAGAUGCCCAACGUGUACUUCCUCGCCGAGGGCUCCGAGCGCGACGAGACGGGCCAGAAGACCGGCAUCGGCAAGGAGAAGCCCAACAUCGCGUCGUACUCGGGGCUCGGCCGCGAGGGCGCCGACACCCCGCCCGAACACAAGGACUGGGUGCGCUGGAGCAGCUCCACCGAGAUCGGAGACUUCAUUCGGGACGCCGCGCGCGGGAGGGAGUUCGCCAUCGAGAUCGCCGGGCUCGAUAACGGCAACGGCAACGGCCGCGGCAGCGACGGCGCCGAGGUGCGCGUCGACGUGCCCAGCUUCAACGACCGCACGCAUUACAUGCGCGAGCGCCUGCGCCGCAUGUCCCGGCGGAUCGAGGCGCUGUCCAAGAUCAAGCACGAGUGCGACAUGCUGGCGCACCGGGGCGCGCACCGGAUCGCCAAGGCGGGUUUCGUCGCGCUGACGGGCUGGUGGGGCGCCGUGUACUUCCUGACCUUCCACACGGACCUCGGCUGGGACCUGAUGGAGCCCAUCACGUACCUGGCGGGCGUGGGCACCAUCAUGGGCGGCUACCUGUGGUUCCUGUUCAUCAGCCGCGACCUGAGCUACCAGGCCGCGCUGAAGAUCACGGUGUCGCGGCGCCAGAACAUCCUGUACCAGGAGCGCGGGUUUGACCUGCGGAAGUGGGAGAGCCUGGUCCACGACGCGAACGCGCUGAGGAGCGAGAUCAGGGCUGUGGCGGAGGAGUAUGACGUCGACUGGGACGAGACCAAGGAUCUCGGCGGGGAGGAUGUGAGGGAGGUCCUCGAGCACGAAGAGAGGAAAGGGGAAAGCGAUCGUGAACGGGAGGAGAGGGAUCGCAAGGAGAACGGAAGACAUAAGCCGGAUAAAGAUGAUGAUGAGUCAUGAUACCUGCGUAAUACACAUAGAACAUACCAACCUGUAGAAUAGCCUGUAGUUCAUUCCGAUCGAGAUCGAGUUUAUAAAUCGUGCUAUGUAAUGUAAUACACGCAGAGAGGCAAAAGUUAGAUGAGCAAGGCCAAUUUUUGUC